AUGGGUUCCAUCAACGGCUUCCCUUCUGACCCAGUCUCCAACCUCCGACCCGUCACCAGAUUCAUCACCACUCACCGCGAAGACGGUAAAGCAAUUGUCCACUCGUCCGAGCACGGAAAAUGGCAAGGCAUGCGCAACAACGAAGUCGGACUCAGCCUACUAUACACAACAUCCGAGUUCCCAGCGCAACUCAACAACGACAUCGACAUCAAAACACACGAACAGGUCGAACAGCAAGGAUCUGGGUUAGUGAACCGAGGCGGCAGUGUUUGUCGAAUGUGUGAUUUUGCGCCUGGCAAUAAUCCCAUGAUGCAUCGGACAAAGAGUUUGGAUUAUGGUGUUGUUUUGGUGGGAGAGAUGGAGAUGAUUCUCGAUUCUGGGGAGGUCGUCACCCUGAAACAAGGCGAUGUCGCUGUUCAACGUGGAACUAUGCACGCUUGGAGGAAUCCUAGCGCUACGCAGUGGGCGAGGAUGAUGUUUGUGCUUCUUGAUAGUCAUCCGAUUCAGUUGGGUGGUGAGGCUUUGGGAGAGAAGUUGGCUCCCGAACAACAUGAGAUGACAGCCAGUAAUAAUCUUUGA